ACAACUUGGCACAAUGCAGUCAGGCAACUACACACUUCUCCUGGCAAAACCCGCCAAUCCCAGACACUAACCCAUCGAUUGCCAGACAGAGAAGCGUGGAACUGUCAUAACUCCAGAGAACUGAGUUCUCCCACUGCUCUAAAUAAAUCCAGUUGGGCGGCUUUUUGUGCUUGAUCUGUAUUCCCAGUUGCUUCCACUUUGUUAUAAUACCACUAACAGUUGACCGUGGAAAUAUUUAGUAGCAAGGAAAUUUUACAGAUGGACUUAUUGCACAGGUGGCAACCUAUCACGGUACCACGCUUGAAUUCACUGAGCUCCUGAGAGCGACCCAUUCUUUCACAAAUGUUUGUAGAAGCAGUCUGCAUGCUAG